AUGCUUUUUUUUUCUAUUAAAUUAGAACAUCAUCAUUAUAAAAGUUCAUCUCAUUCUCGUCAAUCAGAUGAUGAUAGAAAUCGUAUGACUAGUUCAUCACGUACAGUUAUUUAUGAAGAACCAUCAUCAACAUCAAAUAAAACAUUAAAAUCAUCUGUUCGUCAAGUUAGUCAAAAAACAUCAUUUUAUAAUACAUCAACAACAAAUAAAUCUUCUCAUUCAAAACCAAUAACUAUAACAAGUGGAAAACAAUCUGAAGAUUUUAAUAAUGAUUUAUAUCAUUCAGAAAUUGUUGAUGAUGAUGAUGAUGAUGAAGAUGAAAAAGAAGAAGGAGAAAUGGAUUAUUUACCUGAUAAUCAUCAACGACAUUCAAGUGAAGAACAAUCAAAACGUCGUCGUUCAUCAAGUAGAUCAUCAAUAUCUGAUGAUAAUUUUGAUGAAGAUUCAUCUAAACAUAAACGAAAAGAACAUCGAAUAAGAAAAAAAAGAUAUUCAUCUAAAGAACCAAGAUCACCAUCAGAAGAAGGAGAAGAAGCAGAAUCAAUAUCUGAUGCAAGUGAUGAUCAUCAUUCAAAAGAAGAACAUCAAUCAGUAACAACAACUGAACAAGAUAAAAAUCAAAAAGGACAAAGAAUUAAUUCAUCUACUGAUGAUCAUUCUCAAGAAGAUGAUGAUGAACAUGAAGAAGGUGAAGAAGAACCAGCACCACCUGUUCCACAUCGAAGUCGUUUUGAUGAUCAUGACGAUGAUGAUGAUAAUAUUCAAGAAGAACAAGAAGAAGAUGAUGAAAAUAAAAGUGAUAGACGUCAUCAUCAUCAUCGUCAUCAUCGUCAUCGUCAUCAAAAACGUUCAAGACGAGAAUCAUCAUCAAGUCCAACUUCAUCUUCAUCAAAAUCUGUAAUAACACCACCAAUUUCGAAUAAUUCUCAAUUUGAAAAAGAAUUAAUUGAUGAUAAACCUAAAUUACCUAAUUAUUAUCCAGCUAUACAAGGUUGUCGUCGUGUUGAUGAAUAUUUAUGUUUAAAUAGAAUUGAAGAAGGUGCUUAUGGAGUUGUUUUUCGUGCCAAAGAUAAAAAAACAGGAGAAAUAGUUGCAUUAAAACGAUUAAAAAUGGAAAAAGAAAAAGAAGGUUUUCCAAUAACAUCAUUAAGAGAAAUUUGUUGUAUUCUCAAAUCUCAACAUCAAAAUGUUUGUACUGUUAGAGAAAUUGUUGUUGGUGAUGAUAUGAAUCGAAUUUAUAUUGUAAUGGAUUAUGUUGAACAUGAUUUAAAAAGUUUAAUGACACAUACAAUGAAAAAACCAUUUUCAAUAGGUGAAGUUAAAACAUUAAUGCAUCAAUUAUUAGCUGGUGUUAAUCAUUUACAUGAUAAUUGGAUUAUACAUAGAGAUUUAAAAACAUCAAAUCUUCUUCUUAGUAAUAAAGGAAUUUUAAAAGUUGGUGAUUUUGGUCUUGCACGUGAAUAUGGUUCACCAUUAAAACCAUAUACACCUAUUGUUGUUACAUUGUGGUAUCGAGCACCUGAAUUAUUACUUGGAGAUAAAGUAAGAUUAUCGAGUUUUCUUAGUCUAAAAAAAAA